GCGCGGGAAGAAUCCUCCGCCUCUCUCGGCCACUCUCCUCUGCUCUGCUCGCUACCUCCGCCGUCCCGUUCCCCUACUCCUUCCCUCUCAUCAUCAGGUUUAGGUUCGUCAAAACCAGAAAAUGGAACAACAUGACAUCGAAGAGGACGAGUUCGGAUUCUCUAGAAAUUAUUUCUUAGCAAAAGAAUUAGGCAAUUCCGGUAAGAAAUCCGGCCACAAGCUCGCAGAUAUCGAUGUCGUCGAUGAACAGGAGCUAAGGGAAGCCCUGGCCAAUAUCGAGCAAAAACAUGAGAAAGAAAUUGAUGAAUUAAUCAAAACUUACAAGAGCUCGUAUCAAGAGUGGGUUUGUGAGUUAAGGUGUGGAUUUGGGCUUUUGAUGUAUGGGUUUGGGUCAAAAAGAACAUUGCUUGAAGAUUUUGCUUCGACUGCAUUGACUGAGUAUUCUGUUGUUGUAAUCAAUGGUUAUCUUCAGUCCAUAAAUCUCAAGCAGGUUGUUAUAACCUUAGCUGAGCUUCUAUGCGAUCAAUUGAAAGCCCAACAGAAGUUUACAUCCAGGAGUUUGCAUAAGCAACAACAACCAUUUGAUACUCGAUCAAUGGAUGAUUUAAUAGCAUUUUUGGAUCAACAUCACCUGGAGGACAGUGAUUCUUUUAUCUGUGUUCUUGUCCACAAUAUUGAUGGGCCUGGGUUGCGUGAUCCGGACACACAGCAAUAUCUUGCAAGAAUUGCUGCUUGUUCCAAUAUCCGUGUGGUCGCUUCCAUCGACCAUGUAAAUGCACUUCUUUUGUGGGAUAAGAAGAUGGUUCACACGCAGUUCAACUGGUAUUGGCAUCAUGUUCCUACCUUUGCUCCAUAUAAGGUCGAAGGAAUGUUUUUGCCUCUCAUUCUUGCUCAGGGUGGGAGCUCCCAGAAUGUCAAGACAGCUUCAAUUGUCUUGCAGAGUUUGACGCCCAAUGCUCAAAGUGUUUUUAAAGUGCUAGCAGAACAUCAGCUGGCCAAUCCUGAUGAAGAAGGGAUGCCAGUCAAUAACCUAUACGCAACCUGCCGGGAGCGCUUCCUGGUCAGUAGCCAGAUUACUCUGAAUUCUCAUUUGACAGAAUUUAAGGAUCAUGAUUUGGUCAAGACCAGAAGGGAUACAGAAGGCCAGGAUUGCUUGUACAUUCCCAUCCCAAAUGAAGCACUUGAAAAAAUCAUAAAAGAUACAAGUCAAUAGAGAGGAGUUCCUUGUCAGCUGGAUGUUGCAGUUUGUGCGGUAAACGAAAGAUGCAUGUUCAUCAUUUCAGGGACCUCCAGUAUUUUUCUGGUACCUCAUAGAUCAGCUUAUCGAGUCUCGGACAAUUAACAAGAAAUAGUUGCAAGAUUCUUUGGGGUAACAGCAUGACUUGUCACUAAACUGUGGGGUAAUAACUCCUCUAGCUGCUGGAGAUCAAAACAGAAAGUAAAUACUUUUCAACUUAUCAUGCACUUGUUUGAGUAGCUGGCUGCUUGAAGGCUAAACCUACUCUGCGUUUGUGAUGGCAUCAUUUUCAUCUUUCA